AUGGAUGUAGAUGUGGAUCGAGCUGGUCGAGUUUUCAUGUCAUUCUACCAAUACCCUGGUGUACCAGCAACAGUGGGUGUCGUUACCAAUAAGACUGGACCUUGGGGACCCUUGAUCAAACCCUACCCGGACUGGUUGUGGUUCAAAUCUGAUGACUGUAGUAAAAUACAGAGCGUCUACAGGAUAGCAAUAGACAAGUGCAAUAGAUUAUGGAUCUUGGAAACUGGAUAUUCAGAAGUGACGGAGGAAGCAACCAACUGCUCAGCAAAGAUAAUAGUAUUCGAUUUGAACACAGAUAAACAUAUAAGAACUAUCAAUAUACCUAAUGACGUUGCGAGGACUAAGGACGGAGAAGUAACGCUAGCGACUCCGAUCAUUGAAACUGAGGGACCACAUUGCGAGCAUACGACAGUGUACGCUGCAAACGUGUUUGGAAAAUUAAUCAUUUUGAAAGGCAAGGAUGUGUGGAGCCUAGAACACCAAAGUUUCCAACCUUCCCCUAAUAAUACGCCGAGUGGGAUUCUCAGCUUAGCCAUUUCACCUAAAUCUUUUCAUGAAAAUACCAAAUACUUGUUCUAUCGUCCACUAACCUCUACCAGCCUAUUUUUUGCCAGAACCGACGAACUCAAAUUUAGUAUGAAAGACAAUCAUGUCAAUUUCUUUGGGGCUGUCGAUGCUUUGCCUGGUCAAGCUGCAGCCAUGGCGUUUGCGAGUCAGGGUACACUUUUCUUUGGACUGAUAAACGAUGAUGCCAUUGGAUGCUAUAAUCAAUUCAGGGAACUCAAUAAAACCAACUUUGGGUUAGUUGCUAAAGACAAAAAACGACUUAGUUACAUUAACGGAGUUAAGGUGAUUAAACCAUCACUUGCUCAUCCACAAGAAGAGCUAUGGGUACUAUCAAAUCAAUGGAGAACCACUACAUCAGACACAUUUAUGAAAAACAACAGCAUUAAAUUCCGAGUCUUGAAGGGUACAGUCCGAAAUCUCGUCAAGAACACCAUUUGCGAUCUACCUCACAAGUAG